AUGGACUUCAGCAUCAAAAGCUGGGACACAGCCUUGUUGGCUGACCCAGAUUCGCUAAAUGAGUACCCUUGCUCAGUACGUAGUAGGGAAGUUGUCUGGGGGAGGGGACAGAAAAAGCCACUUGGUAUUGCGCUGGGCUUUGGAUUCCGGUUGAUAUUUUCCAACUUAUCCCUGAAUGAACGUUGCCUUUCAGCAUCAUUAGUCUGUAAAUAUUGGCGUGACCUCUGUUUAGAUUUUCAGUUUUGGAAGCAACUGGAUCUCAGUAGUCGUCAACAGGUCACUGAUGAGCUGUUGGAAAAGAUAGCAUCAAGAAGCCAGAAUAUUACUGAAAUCAAUAUUUCUGAUUGUCGCAAUGUAUCUGAUACAGGAGUAUGCAUAUUAGCAAUUAAAUGUCCUGGACUCCUGAGGUAUACUGCCUACAGGUGUAAACAGCUUUCUGACACCUCUAUCAUUGCAGUUGCCUCUCAGUGUCCUCUUCUUCAGAAGGUGCAUGUAGGCAAUCAAGACAGACUCACUGAUGAAGGCCUAAAGCAGCUGGGAUCAAAAUGCAGAGAACUGAAAGACAUUCAUUUUGGGCAAUGUUACAAGAUCUCAGAUGAAGGAAUGAUCAUUAUAGCUAAAGGCUGUCUGAAGUUGCAGAGAAUAUACAUGCAAGAAAACAAAUUAGUGACAGAUCAGUCAGUGAAAGCUUUUGCUGAACAUUGUCCUGAGCUGCAGUAUGUUGGUUUUAUGGGCUGCUCUGUUACAUCGAAAGGAGUCAUUCACCUUACUAAUCUAAGAAAUCUUUCCAGCUUGGAUCUACGUCAUAUCACAGAACUGGACAAUGAAACCGUGAUGGAAAUAGUAAAGAGAUGCAAAAACCUUAAUUCCCUCAAUCUGUGUCUGAACUGGAUCAUUAAUGACAGAUGUGUGGAGGUGAUUGCCAAAGAAGGCCGGAACCUGAAAGAGCUGUAUUUAGUAUCCUGUAAGAUCACUGACUAUGCUCUGAUAGCCAUUGGACGAUACAGCAUGACAAUAGAGACAGUGGAUGUUGGAUGGUGCAAAGAAAUCACAGACCAUGGAGCAACCCAAAUUGCACAAAGCAGCAAGUCUCUCAGAUAUUUAGGGCUGAUGAGAUGCGAUCAGGUGAAUGAAGCCACAGUGGAGCAGCUAGUGCAGCAGUAUCCACAUAUAACCUUCAGUACUGUACUACAAGAUUGCAAGAGGACAUUGGAACGGGCUUAUCAAAUGGGCUGGACACCCAAUAUGUCUACUGCCUCCUAA